CUGGAGCGGUUUCAAAAUGAAAAAUCUGUUAGUUAUUCCUGUGCCGGCGUGUCAACCUAUUCACACUACGGGCCCGCUAAAUUGGAGAGAAAGGCCUUGAAUGGAUUCGUAGUGCAAUAUGAAAUCGAUAACAAUAAUCCUUCUUAUAGUGCCACUCAUCAGUGCCGAACUUUUUCCGUUAUCUAUAAUUCACAUCAAUGAUUUUCACGCAAGACGCCGAUGUGGUUGAUGCUAUGCGUCCAUGGAAAGAGAUUAUCGACAAAAAGGGUUCGGUUAUUGUUGGGGAAACGAAAGUUGAUCUGGAAAUGUCAUCAUGUAGCGAUUCGGAGUGUAAUCUGGGAAACUAUUUCUGUGACGCAAUGAUACAUGCUUUUGCUGCUUUAACUCCUUUUUCGGAUAUGCCAUGGACAAAUGUUUCUAUUGGACUGAUAAACACCGGUGCCUUACGCGUUCCUCUGAGUAAAGGAACUCUAACAUAUGGACAUCUAAUUACAAUGUCUCCUUUCGAAAAUGUACUUACUGCCUUCAAUCUGCCGGGACAUAAGCUCUUAGAAGCGUUUGAAUAUAGUGUAAAAACGAUAGAUAUAAAAAAUAAUUCAACUAGUUCAGCAGUUUACAUGCAAGUAUCCGGUUUGAAAAUUAGCUAUGAUUACAAUAAACCACCUGGUCAAAGAGUUGUUGGCAUUAAAGUGAUUUGUGCAAAUUGUAAAAUUCCAGUCUAUGAUGAUUUCGAUUCAAGAAAAAUCUAUCGCAUCGUGGCGCCAAGCUAUCUUGCGGAGGGGGGGAGAUGGGUACACAGUGUUUAAGGACCAUGGAUCGGAUUGGCA